UGAGGCGGCUGACCCGGACGUGACGUCACUCGUCUUCUCCCAUCAACAACACAGGACGGUUAGCUGUUAGCAGUUAGCUGUUAGCAGUUAGCAGUUGUGUAGCGGGACCAGUUUGUGACGCGGUGUCCUCCUCACGCCCUCUUUGAAAAUGGCUGAAGUUGAAGAGACUCUGAAGAGGAUCCAGGGUCAGAAAGGAGUUCAGGGAAUCAUCAUCGUCAACUCGGAGGGAAUCCCUGUCAAGACGACGCUGGACAACUCCAGCACGGUGCAGUACGCCGGACUCAUCCACCAGCUGGUGAUGAAGGCCAGGAGCACCGUCAGAGACAUCGACCCCCAGAACGACCUCACGUUCCUGCGGAUCCGCUCAAAGAAGAACGAGAUCAUGAUCGCUCCAGAUAAGGAUUAUUUCUUGAUCGUCAUCCAGAAUCCCUCAGACUGAACCAGAGGAGCCGCUGCCCGACUCAUUUCUCUCCGUCUGUCGUUCAUAUCAAACAGACAAACUUUAUUUUGUCUCAUUAAAUGAAACCGAACCUGUUUAUUAGAAGUUUUUAUUAUUCACUUGCGGAAACAAAGAAACUUAAAGACAAGAGAUGAGGGAGGAUUAAAACUGAGUCUCCUUUACGACAGGAUCAUUUCCCCAUGUUUUAGCAUUCCACUACAAUGUCCUCUCUAUGCAUCAUGCUUAUUAUGACAAUGUGUUCAUCAUGUAUGUAUUUUAGCACAUGGGGAAAAUACACGUCUGCUAAAAUACCUCAACUGCACGUUAAUAAAGAAGAGAGAGAGAGACCACAGCAACUCUUUAGAGUUAAACAUCUUUUGUUUCAGUUAAACCUUCAUGAAAAUCUCUGGACGUAAUUUAUUGUUGUGUUGUUUAAAGAUGCUGAAGGGCAGAAUGUCAGCGGUGAGACAAACUCGACUGCUCUCGUCUUGUCCACUUCCUGUUGGUUAUUUCUUACAAAUUAAAAAAUGGAGAAAAUGA